AGUAAUCAAGAAAAUUUUUUUCCAAUACAAUUCUUCUUCUUAUUCUCUUUCAUCUCUAGGUUUUUGUCUACUCUUUUACUAUUCUUGUAUUGUUUCUUUCCAGGUUAGAAAGAGAUUAAAACUUGAAGGUUCCGGGCGUGUAUAAAAUAUUUUAAAAAAAAAGAAGUUCAGACAAAACUAUAAACGGAGAAAGAUUAAUUUUAGCUAGAAUGACCUCCUACCUUCCACAGGAAGAGUUCGCAACCAAUAUCUACAACUAUGAUGAAACACCAGAAAACAAGUCAUGGGCUUCCACUUUGCCCACUCCAAAGGGUUUAUACAACCCAGAGUAUGAAAAAGAUGCAUGUGGUGUCGGUUUCACAUGUCACAUCAAGGGCCAGGCGUCCCACAAAAUUGUCUCUGACUGUAGAAACUUGUUGUGUAAUAUGACACACAGAGGUGGUGAAUUGAACCCAAAAGAUGGGGAUGGUGCUGGGUUGUUAUCCUCUUUACCUCAUAAGUUUUUGGUGCGUGAAUUUGCUUACCAUUGUCAAGUUGAUUUACCAGCUUUGGGCCAAUAUGGUACUGGUAACGUCUUUUUCAAGAAGGAUGAAGCCAUUUUUGAAAAAUCUAAAAAGACAUUUGAAAGUAUUGCCACUUCUUUAGGCUUACGUGUUUUGGGAUGGCGUAAAGUUCCACAUGAUUCUUCAAUUUUAGGUCCUGCUUCUCUUUCUAGAGAACCUUUGAUUUUGCAACCAGCCAUUGUGUUGGCUGAAACUUUUGGAUCUGGAUCAUCUCCAGCUAAUGAAAUUUCUGAAGCUGAAUUCGAAUCCAAAUAUCAACGUGAUUUUGAAAAAAAGAUGUUUAUCUUGAGAAAGCAAUCUACCCACACCAUUGGAUUGCACAAUUGGUUUUACAUUUGUUCAUUAUCUAACAAGACCAUUGUAUACAAGGGUCAAUUGGCCCCUAACCAAGUUUACGCUUACUACCAUGAUUUGGUAAACUCUGAAUUUGAAGCUCAUUUUGCUCUUGUCCAUUCCCGUUUCUCCACAAAUACUUUCCCAUCUUGGGAUAGAGCUCAGCCACUUAGAUGGGCCGCACAUAACGGUGAAAUUAACACUUUACGUGGUAACAAGAACUGGAUGCGUGCCAAGGAAGGUGUUAUGUCUUCCAAAUUAUUUGGCGAAGAAUUGGACAAAUUGUAUCCAAUCAUUGAAGAAGGUGGUUCUGAUUCUGCAGCCUUUGAUAACGUUUUGGAAUUACUUGUCAUUAAUGGUGUCUUGUCUUUACCAGAAGCCGUUAUGAUGUUGAUUCCAGAAGCUUGGCAAAAUGACAAGAACAUUGACCCAAAGAAAAGAGCCUUUUACGAAUGGGCUGCCAUGUUGAUGGAACCUUGGGAUGGUCCUGCAUUAUUCACCUUUGCCGAUGGUCGUUACUGUGGUGCUAACUUGGACCGUAACGGUUUAAGACCUUGUCGUUACUACAUUACUGAUGACGACAGAAUGAUUUGUGCUUCUGAAGUCGGUGUCAUUGAUGUUGAACCUGAAAAGAUUUUGCAAAAGGGACGUUUGCAACCAGGUAGAAUGUUGCUUGUUGAUACCAAGGAAGGUCGUAUUGUCGAUGACCGUGAAUUAAAGAAGAAUGUUGCUUCUAGAUUCGACUUUAAGUCUUGGGUUAUGGCUAACAUGAUUGAAAUGAACGACUUGAACGCUAAGUUGACUGCCAGGGGCGUUGACUUGGACGUUGAACUCUCUCAAGUUCCUUCUGAUGUCACUGUUCAAACUGAUGCACGUCUUUCCGCAUUUGGUUACUCCCAUGAACAAGUUUCUCUUAUUUUAGCACCAAUGGCCGAAGGUAAGGAAGCUCUUGGUUCUAUGGGUAAUGACAAUGCAUUAGCUUGUAUUUCUGAACAACCAAAGCUUUUGUAUGACUACUUCCGUCAACUUUUUGCCCAAGUUACCAACCCUCCUAUCGAUCCUAUUCGUGAAGAGAUUGUCAUGUCCUUAGAAUGUUACGUUGGACCUCAAGGUAACCUUUUGGAAAUGAAGCCAGACCAAUGUAACCGUUUGUUAUUGAAGUCUCCAGUCUUGUCUACCCAAGAAUUGACUGCCCUCAAGAACAUUGAAAAGGUUUAUCCAAAGUGGUCUGUUGCUGAAAUUGAUAUCACUUUUGAAAAGCUGCAAGGUAUUCCAGGAUAUAUCGAAACCAUUGAUCGUGUUUGUCAGGAUGCUCUGAAGGCUCUUGCCGAUGACAACCAAAUUAUUAUUUUGACCGACCGUGCCACCAGUGCUGACAGAUUACCAAUUUCUGCCUUGCUUGCUACUGGUGCCGUUCAUCACCAUUUGGUUAGACAAAAGCAACGUGCCAAGGUUGCCAUUCUUGUCGAAACCGCUGAAGCUAGAGAAGUCCACCACGUCUGUUGUCUCGUAGGUUACGGUGCUGAUGGUAUCAACCCUUACUUGGCCAUUGAAACUUUGGUUAGAAUGAACAAUGAAAACUUAUUCAAGAAAGAAAUUGCCAACAAAGAUAUUUUCAAGAACUAUAAGUAUGCUGUCGAUGCUGGUAUUUUGAAGGUUAUGUCUAAGAUGGGUAUUUCCACUUUAGCCUCUUACAAGGGUGCUCAAAUUUUCGAAGCUUUGGGUGUUGAUAACUCUGUUAUUGACCGUUGUUUUGCUGGAACUGCAUCUCGUAUUAAGGGUGUCACUUUUGAGUACAUUGCGCAGGACGCCUUCUCCAUGCAUGAACGUGGUUACCCAGACAGAAGCACCACCAAGCCAGCUGGUUUAUCCGAAACCGGUGAAUAUCACUGGAGAGAUGGUGGAGAUGCCCAUAUCAAUGAUCCAUCUGCCAUUGCUUCUAUUCAAGAUGCUGUUCGUAACAAGAAUGAAAAGGCUUAUGAUGCUUAUGCCAAGAAGGAAUACGAAGCUAUUAAGAACUGUACCUUGAGAGGUAUGCUUGACUUUGAUUAUGAAAACUCCCAAGCUGUUCCAAUUGAUCAAGUUGAACCAUGGACAGAAAUCGUUCGUCGUUUCUUUACCGGUGCCAUGUCUUAUGGUUCCAUUUCUAUGGAAGCCCAUUCUACCAUUGCUGUUGCCAUGAACCGUUUGGGUGGUAAGUCUAACACUGGUGAAGGUGGUGAAGAUGCUGCCCGUUCCACUGUAAAUGAAAACGGUGACACCAUGAGAUCUGCUAUCAAGCAAAUUGCUUCUGGUCGUUUCGGUGUUACUUCUCACUACUUGUCUGAUGCUGAUGAAUUACAAAUUAAGAUGGCUCAAGGUGCUAAGCCUGGUGAAGGUGGUGAAUUACCUGGUGAAAAAGUCUCUCCAGAAAUUGGUAAGACUAGACACUCUACUCCAGGUGUUGGUUUGAUUUCCCCACCACCACAUCAUGAUAUUUAUUCCAUUGAAGAUUUGAAACAAUUGUUGUACGACUUGAAGUGUGCCAAUCCAAGAGCCAGAACUUCUGUUAAGCUUGUUUCUGAAGUUGGUGUUGGUAUUGUCGCUGCUGGUGUCGCCAAGGCUGGUUCCGAAAAUAUUUUGGUUUCUGGUGGUGAUGGUGGUACUGGUGCCGCCAAGUGGACUUCUAUUAAGUACGCUGGUUUGCCAUGGGAACUUGGUUUGGCUGAAUCCCAUCAAACUCUUGUUUUGAACGAUUUGAGAGGUCGUGUUGUCUUGCAAACUGAUGGUCAAAUCCGUACCGGAAGAGAUAUCGCUGUUGCUUGUUUGUUAGGUGCUGAAGAAUGGGGUUUUGCUACUACUCCAUUGAUUGCUAUGGGUUGUAUCAUGCUUAGACGUUGUCAUUUGAACACUUGUGCUGUUGGUAUUGCCACCCAAGACCCAGAGUUGAGAAAGAAGUUCAAGGGUACUCCAGAAUCUGUUAUUAACUUCUUCUACUACUUGGCCCAAGAUUUGCGUGCCAUUAUGGCUCAAUUGGGUUUCCGUACCAUCGCUGAGAUGGUGGGUCGUGCCGAAAAGUUGAGAGUUAGAGAUGAUUUGAGAAACACAAAGACUGCUAACCUUGAUUUGUCUCCAAUUUUGACUCCAGCUCAUACUAUUCGUCCUGGUGUUGACACUCACUGUGUCCGUAAGCAAGACCACAAGUUGCACAUCAGAAUUGACAACAAGCUUAUCGAUGAGUCUGAAUUGACCUUAGCUAAGGGAUUACCAGUCACUAUCGAGUGUGACGUUGUAAACACUGACCGUUCCGUUGGUACUACUUUGUCCUACCGUGUUUCAAAGAUCUUUGGUGAAGUUGGUUUACCUCAUGAUACUAUUCAUGUCAAUGCCAAGGGUUCUGCAGGUCAAUCUUUCGGUGCCUUUUUGGCUCCAGGUAUCACCUUGGAAUUAGAAGGUGACGCCAAUGAUUACAUUGGUAAGGGUUUGAGUGGUGGUCGUAUUAUCGUCUACCCACCAACCGCAUCUAAGUUUAAGGCUGAAGACCAAAUCAUUGCUGGUAACACUGCUUUCUUUGGCUCUACUUCUGGUACUGCUUUCGUUAGAGGUAUUGCCGCCGAAAGAUUCGCUGUUAGAAACUCCGGUGCUACUAUUGUCGCAGAAGGUACUGGUGACCAUGGUUGUGAGUACAUGUCUGGUGGUAGAGUCGUUAUUUUGGGUUCAACUGGUCGUAACUUUGCCGCUGGUAUGUUGGGUGGUAUCGCUUAUGUUCUUGACAUGGCUCAAGACUUCGCAGACAAGUGUAACCAAACCACUGUUGAAUUGUCUCAAGUUACCGAGACCGAAGAAAUUGCUUUCCUCCGUGGUUUGAUUGAAGACCACCGUCAUUACACCAAGUCUGCUAUUGCCGACAACAUUUUGAAUGACUUUAACCGUAUCUUGCCACGUUUCGUUAAGGUUUUACCUUACGACUACAAGAAGGUUCUUGAAACCGAAAAGGCUAAGAAGGCUGAAGCCAAGAAGAAUGAAUUGAACUCCUUCUUGAAGGCUAUCAAGGAAGAUCCAGAAGCUGAUGUUACAAACGGUGAAGCUGCUAAGAUUAAGAAGGGCCACAUUCACCGUCCUUCCAAGGCUGAACCAAAGGUUUUAGAUCUUGAAGAUACCAUCACUGAUAUCACCUUGGAAAAGAAGGCUGUGGCCAAACUUGACAAGGUUAAGGGUUUCAUGAAGUACAAGCGUAGAAAUGAAAAGUACAGACCAGCCAAGGAAAGAACCAACGAUUGGAAUGAAAUGACUCUGAGACUCUCCAAGGAUGAAUUGAAGUAUGAAACAGCCAGAUGUAUGGAUUGUGGUGUCCCAUUCUGUACUUCCGAUACUGGUUGUCCUAUUUCUAACGUUAUUCCUAAGUGGAAUGAGUUAGUUUUCCAAGACCGUUGGUAUGAUGCUCUUCAACGUUUGAUGAUGACCAAUAACUUCCCAGAAUUUACUGGUAGAAUUUGUCCAGCUCCAUGUAACGGUGCUUGUGUCUUGGGUAUUAACGAAGACCCAGUCAACAUCAAGUCCGUUGAAUGUGCUAUUAUUGACCACGGUUUUGAACAAGGUUGGAUUAAGCCUAACCCUCCAACUGUUAGAACAGGUAAGACUGUCGCUGUUAUUGGAUCUGGUCCAGCUGGUUUGGCUACUGCUGACCAAUUGAACCGUGCAGGUCACCUGGUUACUGUUUACGAAAGAAGUGACAGACCUGGUGGUUUAUUGAUGUACGGUAUCCCUAACAUGAAGUUGGAUAAAGGUAUUGUCAAGCGUAGAACUGACUUGUUGGCUGCUGAAGGUAUCAAGUUCGUCUGCAAUACUACUAUUGGUGAAGACAUUACUGUUUCAGAAUUGAAGGCUUCCAAUGAUGCUGUUGUCUUUGCUGUUGGAUCUACUAUUCCAAGAGAUUUGAAGAUUCCAGGUCGUGAAUUGAACAACAUUAACUUUGCUAUGCAAUUGCUCCACAAGAACACCAAGGCCUUGUUGGACAGUGAAUUAGAGGAAGUCCGCAAGACUUUGGAAGGAAAGGACGUUAUUGUUAUUGGUGGUGGUGACACUGGUAACGAUUGUUUGGGUACUUCUACUAGACACGGUGCUAAGUCUGUUACUAACUUCGAGUUAUUACCAACUCCACCAAAUGCUAGACCAAAGGAUAACCCAUGGCCACAAUGGCCAAGAGUGUUCAGAGUUGAUUACGGUCAUACUGAAGUCGCUGCACACUAUGGUAAGGAUCCAAGAGAAUACUCUAUUUUGUCCAAGGAAUUCGUUUCCGAUGGUGAAGGUAAUGUCAAGGGUAUCAAGACUGUCAGAGUUGAAUGGAAGCGUUCUGAUUCUGGAGCAUGGCAAAUGGCCGAAGUUCCAGGCAGUGAAGAAUUCUUUGCUGCUGACGUUGUUUUGUUGUCUAUGGGUUUCCUUGGUCCUGAUGCUGAUAACCUUGAGGUUGAAAAGACUAAGAGAGGUACUAUUACCACUGUUGAACCUUCAAGUUACCGUGUGAAUGACGAAAACUUGUUUACUGCUGGUGACUGUAGAAGAGGUCAAUCUUUGGUUGUUUGGGGUAUCCAAGAAGGUAGACAAUGUGCUAGAGAAGUUGAUAACUACUUGAUUGGUUCUACUAGACUUCCAGGCAAUGGUUCUAUCGAACAACGUAACUUUAAGUUGUUGGAAGAAUUGGCUGACAAAGCUUAGAUUUAUAUAUGUUAAAAUUAUAAAAUUGUAUUUA